AUGGUGGCAUCGAAAGCAUUGGCGACUGGCGUACUCGUCGCCGGCCUCGCAACCGCUUCGCCUCUACAGUCAAGAGCCUCUGCCGGCUGUGGCAUCGAGCAUCAUGCUGGCUACAACAACGAUACCGCGUCACACCAUAUUGAGUCUGGCGGCUACAGCAGGAACUACAGCGUCUACGUCCCUCCCAGUUACAACGAUGACACAAGCAAGCCUCGUGCCCUCAUCAUCGACUAUCAUGGUCGAGGCGGGAAUGGGUACCAGCAGUCCACAAAUUCGCAGUAUGACAAGUACGCUGCAGGACAGGAGUACCUGAUCGUCUAUCCUGAUGGCCUUGAUGGCGCCUGGCAGGGUGCAAAUUACCCCAAUACAAGGAAGACCAAUGAUCUCCAAUUCACCACGGAUCUUCUGGCCCGUAUGCGCACCAAGUAUUGCAUCGACGACUCUCGCAUCUACGCCUCAGGGAAGAGCAACGGCGGAGGAUUCGUCGACACCCUCGCAUGCUCAGACAAUGGCGACGAGUUCGCUGCCUUCGGCAUGGCUGCUGCUGCACUGUACACAGAUACCAGCAAGGACAGCUGCUCGAAGAAGAGGGCCAUCCUCGAAGCACAUGGGGAUAAGGACGGGACCAUUCCCUACCAUCCAACAGAGGAUGGUGCUGGAGGACCACUUCCAGAUAUCUCCCAGUGGGUGACCUGGUGGGGUCAUCGUACGUGCGGUCCGGAUGCGAAGUCUCAGCGAUCUGGUGAUCUGGGCGGCUAUAACAUUACGACUUACUCCUGUGGAGCGUAUGACAAUGUGAUUGACCACUACCAGAUCUUCGAAGGCGGACACUGCUGGCCGGACGUUCAAGGGGACAAUGCGGAUGCUCAGAGAAUUGCAGCGUGUAGACGCGAAAAAGUGCUAGACUUUACACAUGUGGCGCUGGAAUUCUUUGCCAAAUGGAACAUGAGCAAUGCGCCUUAG